CCAACAGCCAUCAUGAAGGUCCUCACCAAGGAAGAAGAAGCCGCCCACUACCGCGCCGUCGUCAAGGGCGGACUCGUCGGCGGCGCUGUCGGCCUCGCCAUCGGCGUCACGGGCGUCGUCUACGGCUCGCGCCGGUACCCCAGCUUCCGCAGCCUGACGCUGCCCUUCCGAACCUUCCUCAUCACGUCCACCAGCACCUUUGGCGCCAUCGUCCAGGCCGACCGCGCCGGCGUCGCCUUCCAGCAGAGCAAGGACCCCAUGUCCAAGUACCGCGACGCCUCGCAGCGCGCCCAGGAGGUCAUCCGCGAGAACGAGUCCGCCUACGAGCGCUUCCUCAACUACGGCCGCGAGCACCGCUACAGCAUCGUCUGCGCCUCGUGGCUCGCCAGCAUGGCGGUUGCCUUCGCCAUGGUCAGCCGCGCGCCCAUGAGCACCCCGCAGAAGAUUGUCCAGGCCCGUGUCUACGCGCAGGGCCUGACGCUGGCCGUGCUCAUCGUCUCGGCCGCCUUUGAGAUGAACGACGCCAAGAACUCAAAGGGCCGCUGGGAGACGGUUAUGGUGCUUGACCCCAACGACCCGGAGCACAAGCACCUCAUUGAGAAGAAGAUCCACCACGAGGAGUACGAGGGACAGGAUCUGUGGAUGGACAUGGUUGAGGCCGAGGAGAAGAGAAUGGCUGCCCGCAAGGCUGCGGAGCGCGAGCAGAAGCAAGCCCAGUAA